AUGGACGACGAUGCUGGCGGUUUCGAUGAUGACUUCGACGAAGAUCAGGCGUCUGAUCUCGGCCUCGGCGAUGGAGACCUUCCAGACGAUGAAGGCGAUGAGGACGCGGCGGAUGACUUCGACAUGGAUGCUCGUGUAGGCCACUUGUCGCGCGCCGACAUCGCAGACCUCUCUCCGCAGGAACAGCUGCAGAAAUGGCAUGAGAUGCUCCUCUCUGCCGAGGUCGAUUUGAUCUCUGAACUCGAUGCUUCCAGCAUCUUUUUCAUCAGCGCAGAGUCCAUCAUCUGUGACAUGCGCCUUUCCGCAGAGGUAAAUGAGGAUGGCCAGUUCCUCCGGAUGACCUUCAUGGUCGAGCAGCUGUUAUCCAGUAUAAAAUCUUGCGGUGGUGUCUACAGGAUCAUCUUCUUUGAUGCUUUCAAGCACGUCUUCAGCAUGCAGUUCGAAGACUCGCUGUGGGCAUUCAGGGAGGCUUUCUUGAGCCACUGUCGGAGUCACGGUAUUGACCACGAAGUAUUCUCACACUGGUACUCACCAGAAUGGAAGGAGCACGUGUCCACAUGGAGGCCGUCCCUUUUCCUUCUAGCAGACGAUGGCCUCGCAGUCGAGGACGAGGAGGAGGAAGAUGAGGAAGAAGCCGAGCAGAAUGCGAAGCUGAGAGGCUCCUUUCAGGCUCUCAUGCUCAGGUGCUUGUCCUACAAAGUCCAUGUAGCUUUGCUGAAGGGGCUGCAGCGACGGGGUAACCGUGUCAUGGCGUUUACGCUCGAGCCCGACAACUAUGACUCUUUCAUUGACAGAAACGUUCAGGGUGCUCUCCAGCCACUCCUCGAAGAGGAUGCGGAUGAGGAUGAUGAUGAAGAGCAGGAGUCGUCGGUGCCGGCGCUUGUGGCUUUCAAGAAGCGUGGUGCUGGAAAGGUGCAGGACGCUGCUCUACUCCGGUGCUUCCUCGUCUCCAGAUUCUGCAAGGACACACUCGCGCUCCAAAUGGACCCGGCUUCGAUGGCGCUGAUGAAGCUCUUCGUUAAGGUCAUGCUGAUCCAGGAGAUGAUGCUACGCUACGUGCCCUUGGACAAGAGAGCGUUCACAACAAUACCCGGUGACGAGUGGGAGUUGUACGCUGAAUCCAUCAGUGGUGCACUCGACAGGUUUUACGCAUUCGUGUCCAAGGAGCUCGGAAGGCUGAAUAAGCAACCAGAAACGGAGCUGCAGGACUUGAAGCUGGAUUCUUGCGAUCUCUUUGAUGGCCGUCUCUUCCGACAUCUGUUCCGAUUUGUUGUUGCGACCGGUCUAUCCGAGAAGAGCAAAGAGGUGAAGGCAGACGUCUUCCAGUUCAGCUCAUACAUUGUCGAGGAGUUGGACUUCUUGUGGUCAGAGGCGUCGUCCAAAGAGAAGUUCUUCCCACUGAAGCUUUCUGCAAUGAAGGACCUGCCGGGUCUGGAGCCGCCGCAGCUUCCCGAACUGGCACGUGUCCGGGAGAGACCCACGCUCUACAAGAUUGAGUCGGGGCUCUUUGAUGCCAUGUGGAAGGAGAAAGCAGACAAUCUAAAGGAAAAUGACGAAGAUGAACCAGGGGAUGCCGGUUUGCUUUGGGAGAGGUAUGAAUGGAAACAAGGUGCCAGAGUGGAUGCAAUCCAAGAGGUACAAGAGAUGGAGAAGAGUGAGGCUGAGAAGAGGAUGGAACAAAAGAUGAGGGAGAAGAAGAAGAUUACCGACAAGGAUCGAGAGUACCAGAGAAAAUUGGAGAUGAAUAAACGGCAGAAGGCCUUGAGAGCCCUUCAUCGAUAUUCGAAAUCGCUAACAGGUUCAGACAAGUUGCAUCUGCCCAUCAUAUCCGUCAAGUGCGAUCAGAGGAAGGAAGAUAAGAAGGAGGCGAAGAAGAAACCAGUAGAAGAGAAAGUCAGCAAGAAGACGCAGGAGAUUCUGGAGAAGAACCGCCAGAAGGAAAUCGAGAAGACACAGGCGCUGGAUGCGCAGCAACUCGCAGACUGGGAGAAGCCCGUGGAUGCUCUGGCGGAGGCCCCAGAUGUGUCGAAACUCGAGAAGGACCUGCUAGAUCUGCUGAUCGGAUUCAACCGAGUCGUACCAAGUUUUGUCGGCUUCCCCGCGCUCGCCAAUGCAUUCAAGACACCAGAGACGCAAGUGUUGGUCAUCGUCAAGGCUGUGAAAAACCUUCGGAUCGCCUUGAAGAAGCUGCAGCUGGACAGGCUGCCCCCAGAGGCUCAGCCCAAGGUGACAAGCCUCAUCGUCUACAUCUACUGCCUUGUCCAGGAAGCUUGGAACUCCUAUGGCAAGAAAGGUCUCCUGGACGGGAAAUGCAUCAAGUUGUUCCAAGAGCUCUUGAUUUCUUUGGGCUUCCGCAGCAACGCACAAGGCCUUUUUCGGCAGUGGAAGGAGGUUCAAGCGUCACUUGGAAAGGAAGAGGGUGCUACAGAAGAUGGCGAGAAGGGCAAGGACGGGAAGGACUGA